AUGAGAUCUUCUUCUAGGAUGGGGCCUUCAGCCCAUCCCAUUUACGCUCUAGGCGUUAUCAUCAUGGCAACAAUGGUUGCAGCCUAUGAGCCACUCACGUAUAGCUUGCCACCUCUACCGUCAUAUUCACCAUCUCCAAAAGUAGAAUACAACUCUCCACCACCACCGUAUGUCUACAGCUCUCCACCGCCACCACCAUCCUAUUCUCCAUCGCCUAAGGUCGACUACACAUCUCCUCCACCACCCUAUGUCUACAGCUCCCCACCACCACCACCAUACUACUCACCAUCACCCAAAGUUGAAUACAAAUCUCCUCCACCACCAUAUGUUUACAGUUCUCCACCACCACCACCAUACUACUCACCAUCACCCAAAGUUGAGUACAAGUCUCCUCCCCCACCAUAUGUUUACAGUUCUCCACCACCACCUCCAUACUACUCUCCAUCACCAAAGGUAGAUUACAAGUCCCCUCCACCACCAUAUGUUUACAGUUCUCCACCACCACCUCCAUACUAUUCCCCAUCACCAAAGGUUGAGUACAAAUCCCCUCCACCACCAUAUGUCUACAGUUCUCCACCACCACCACCAUACUACUCACCAUCUCCAAAAGUCGACUACAAAUCUCCUCCACCACCGUAUGUCUACAGCUCCCCACCACCACCACCAUACUAUUCACCAUCACCAAAGGUAGACUACAAGUCUCCUCCACCACCGUAUGUUUACAGUUCCCCACCACCACCAUAUUACUCACCAUCUCCUAAGGUAGAUUACAAAUCUCCUCCACCACCUUAUGUUUACAGCUCCCCACCACCACCUCCAUACUAUUCCCCAUCACCUAAGGUAGACUACAAGUCCCCUCCACCUCCAUAUGCUUACAGUUCUCCACCACCACCAUACUACUCUCCAUCACCUAAGGUAUACUACAAAUCUCCUCCACCACCAUAUGUCUACAGCUCCCCACCACCACCACCAUACUACUCACCAUCUCCUAAGGUUGAGUACAAGUCUCCACCACCACCGUAUGUCUACAGCUCCCCACCACCACCUCCAUACUAUUCCCCAUCACCUAAGGUAGACUACAAGUCCCCUCCACCUCCAUAUGUCUACAGUUCUCCACCACCACCAUACUACUCGCCUUCUCCUAAGGUUGAGUACAAGUCUCCACCACCACCGUAUGUCUACAGCUCCCCACCACCACCAUACUAUUCUCCAUCACCUAAAGUAUACUACAAAUCUCCACCACCACCAUAUGUCUACAGCUCUCCACCACCACCACCAUACUAUUCACCAUCUCCAAAGGUUGAGUACAAGUCUCCUCCACCACCGUAUGUCUACAGUUCUCCACCACCGCCAUACUACUCUCCAUCCCCUAAGGUUGUAUACAAGUCUCCUCCACCACCGUAUGUCUACAGCUCCCCACCACCACCAUACUACUCCCCAUCCCCUAAGGUUGUAUACAAAUCUCCUCCCCCACCAUAUGUUUACAGCUCCCCACCACCACCAUACUACUCCCCAUCUCCUAAGGUUGUAUACAAAUCUCCUCCACCACCGUAUGUCUACAGCUCCCCACCACCACCAUAUUACUCCCCAUCCCCUAAGGUUGUAUACAAGUCUCCUCCUCCACCUUAUGUCUACAGCUCCCCACCACCACCAUACUACUCCCCAUCUCCUAAGGUACACUACAAAUCUCCUCCAUCACCGUAUGUUUACAGUUCUCCACCACCACCAUACUAUUCACCUUCCCCUAAAGUACAUUACAAAUCGCCACCACACCCACAUGUAUGCGUGUGUCCACCACCUCCUCCAUGUUAUGCUCCUUCGCCUAAGGUUGUAUACAAAUCUCCUCCACCACCAUAUGUUUACAGUUCUCCACCCCCACCAUACUACUCUCCAUCACCUAAGGUAUACUACAAGUCCCCCCCACCACCGUAUGUUUACAGUUCUCCACCACCACCAUACUACUCGCCUUCCCCUAAGGUACACUACAAGUCUCCUCCACCACCAUAUGUCUACAGUUCUCCACCACCACCACCAUACUACGCACCUACCCCUAAGGUAGAGUACAAGUCUCCUCCACCACCGUAUGUCUACAGUUCUCCACCACCACCGUACUACUCACCUUCUCCUAAGGUACACUACAAGUCUCCUCCACCACCAUAUGUGUACAGCUCUCCACCACCACCACCAUACUACUCACCAUCCCCUAAGGUUGACUACAAGUCUCCUCCACCACCAUAUGUCUACAGCUCUCCACCACCACCAUACUAUUCUCCAUCCCCUAAGGUUGAUUACAAAUCUCCACCACCACCAUAUGUCUACAGUUCUCCACCACCACCAUACUACUCUCCAUCUCCUAAGGUUGACUACAAGUCUCCUCCACCACCAUAUGUUUACAGCUCUCCACCACCACCACCUUAUUACUCUCCUUCCCCAAAGACUGAGUACAAAUCUCCACCAUCACCUUCAUAUUACUGA